AUGCCAGAAAUUGCAGAGGUUGAACGAGCCCGUCUUCGUAUUCAUAGACAGUGCAUAAAUCACAGAAUCACACAUGUAGAAGCGCAACCUGAUACAAACAUCUUUAAAGGAAUGGCUCCUGACGACUUUGCAAAGACAAUGCUGAACAAGACGCUUGUGGAUACCAAGAGAUGGGGGAAAUACUUCAUUUUGAUCUUUGAUACAGAGCCGCACCUAGUGGCACAUCUGGGCAUGACUGGAGGUAUCAGGUUUGAGCAUGAAGAGCUAGACAAAGGCUUGCAAUGGCCUCCCCGUUUCCACAAGCUGCUGGUCACUUUCUCUGAUCCAACUACCAACAAGGAAAUUCACUUUGGCUACAAAGACCCUCUUCGUUGGGGUCGACUUCGCUUAGUAUCUGGCGACCCCUUGGCAUCUGAUCCAAUCAACAAACUGGGAUUUGAUCCUGUAUUGGGAUUACCUGAUAUUGACACCUUUCGAUCCAAGGUCCAAAAGCGGUCUGUGCCAGUCAAGGCAUUGCUACUGGAUCAGUCAUUUUCUGCAGGUGUAGGUAAUUGGGUUGCAGAUGAGAUUUUAUACCAAGCCAUGAUUCACCCUGCUCAAUAUACAAACACGCUCACCGAGAAGGAGCUGGAUGAUAUGUACUACAAGAUGAAGUUCAUUUGCGAGACAGCGGUAGAAGCAGAGGCAGAUGAGAACAAGUUUCCUGAUGAUUGGCUAAUGAAGCAUCGAUGGAACAAGGGCAAAAAGAACGAAAAUAAGGGACGCUUGCCUAAUGGCAUGCUGCUGCAAUUUGAGACGGUGGGUGGAAGAACAUCAGCAUUUGCUCCAGAGAGACAAGUUUUGAGAAUAAGCGAUGAGAAUAUCAAAGUAACUGUGAAGAGGAAGCGCACUACUCGCGUCAAGAAGCAGGAGUCUGAGGAUGAUGAGGACGAGUUUAACGAUCAAGAUGACUAUGCUGAUUCCAAGAGCGAGACCAAAUCAAAGAGAAGAGCCAAGGUUGUCAAGAAGGAGGUCAAGGCUGAAGCAAACGUUAAACAGGAGCAAGAAGACGACCAAGUUAUCAUCAGAAAGUCUGUUCGCACAGUGUCUUCCAGAUAUAACUUUAGACGUUGA